AUGAUUCUGAGCGAGUACUUCCCCAUGGGGCGUCGAAUGCAAAUCCGCUUCAACCCUUCUACCUCUCUCCGUCGAAACCUCUCUGCGAAGCUGAUACAUCACGUUCGCUCGUCGUCAGUGGAUUCUUCGCUGUCGUCAUCUGCCGCUGCGGCUUUGAUAUCGGAUGCUAAAGAGAUCGAGGAUAUGAAGGCGAGUUGUGUUUUGCCUUUUACAGCUGCGGCUGCUUCUGUCUCGGCUAUUGUUCUGCCUGAGAGUAGUAGAUCCGAGAAAUCGAUGGUAAGGAUCCAAGACGGAGGCUCAAGGGAACCGAAUUGGGACCCAAUACGGACAUGGAGUGAUGAGAAGUCAUCCUCACUCGACGAUGUGGUCAACGCGAUUGGCGGCAUGUUCUACCAAGCUGCUGGAACCGUGGCCCAGGCUGGUAGACGCGUGAUGGGACAUCCAACCGACGCCCACGACAUCGAAACCGGCCACGCAGCGCCGGUAGUACUACAACAAAUAACAAAUGAAGAUCCGAGAUCGAGUCAAGAAGAGGUAGAUAAAGGGAAGAAUCUCAUGUCGUUGAUCAAAGAGAGCGGCAUGCAAACCGAUUACUUCGCGACCCUCCUCGACUCGUACGACAAGGUCCACGACAUGCUUCUCAGCAACGACGAGCACACGCAGAAGCGAAAGCAAUUCACAAUCUUCGUUCCCACGGACUCGGCCUUCCGGAAGCUGGAGGGCGUUUUCGAACUCAGUCGAGCGGAGCUACUUGGCGAGAUCCUCGAGUACCACGUUCUUCCGGGGCGGUUUACUUACCAAGACCUCCGUGGGCUGCAGACGGCGGAGACGGUUCUCGAAGAAGGUGGCGGCGGGGAGCUUCGACGGCAGAGGGUGAGGAUCGCGGAGGGGCCAUCCGGUGUCGAAGUCAACUUUUACGCACGGGUUCUCGCUUCCGAAUCGAGGGAGAGCGGAGAUGGUGCUGUUGCUGUUCACUUUAUCGACGAUGUUUUGAUUCCGCCACCGCGGUGGGAUGUGCUUGUCGGUGCUGCGGUGCCGGAGGAGACGCUGGGGACUUUUGCGAAGGCGAUGAAGAGGAGCGGAGUGAGCGAGGAAGUUCUGCGGCGCCAGCGUGGUGGCUCUGGGAUCACGGUGUUUGCGCCGUCGAAUGAGGCGUGGGAUAAGUUGGGCGAGGAAGCGAUGGACUUUCUCUUCUCUUCGCAGACGGGGGCGAGGUUUCUUGAGGCCUUGGUGAAGUACCAUUUUGUUGCGGAGGUGGUUUAUACGGACUUUUCCAAAGGCAUGGGGAUGGAGGGGAUAGAGGAGAAGACCGACGGGGGAGAAGACCUCGGAGAAGAUGCAGACGGGAUGGGGCGGGUGCGACGGGAUGUUCAGACUCUACUCGACGGGGCAAGGGUCUCGAUCGAGGCGUUGGUUUCUCGCAGUACGGGACCUGCGGGCGAAGGUGGACGGCUGCCGGUGGGCGUGAUGAAGAUGAAUGUUAGUGUGAAUGGGGCUGCGGUAUCAGCGAGAGAUGUGCCGGUCAGGGAUGGCGUCGUCCACAUCCUGGAUGAGGUGCUCUUGCCACCACCGCAACCGCCAGCGCCGUUAUUGUCGUCGUCUUCGUCUUCAUCUGAGAAGAGUGGUGUUGCGAGGAGCAGUGAGAGGAUUGACGUGGAGGAACUCAAGAGGCGGCUGGCCCGAUUUGUUGAGGUAGGAAAGGAGGGCGGUUGGGGCGAAGAGUUGUAG